AUGCCUUGUCGCUUCUUCGGAGCACCGCUGACCACAUCGGACAUUUCCAGUGCCGGCGUCAUCGGCCUGUCCGUCACAUUGCAGUUGGCCCGCCGCGGUUACUCUGUGACGGUCAUCGCACGCGAGCUUCCCGGCGACUGGGACAUUGACUAUGCGUCUCCCCGCGCCGGCGCGCACUUCCGGCCCGUGCCUGUCAAGACGGCGCAAGACGCGUUUGAGAAUACAUUGAUGCGCGAGAGUUAUGCUGAGCUGCGACGCAUAGCGGACGAUCACCUCGCCAAGGAUGCGGGGGUAGCAUUCAUACCGGCCGUGGAGUACUUUGACACGGCGCCCGCAGCGGAGGAGCUCUCCAUGUUCGCAGCCUGGCCGCAGUAUCGUCAGCUGACGCCAGAGGAGAUACCGGGCGCGGCGGGUCUGGUCGGAGGCAUCGAAGCCGGCCUGACGUACUCUGCUUGGGUCAUUGACACCCCGGCCUAUCUACAGUGGCUUCGGCGCCAGGCUGAGUCGUGCGGUGCCGUCUUUGUACGCGCGAGGCUCGGCGCACCGCAAGAGGCGGCAUUCGUCGCCCAGCAGCACCGGCCUGAGCUGGCGCUGCCGAGAGUUGUAGUAAACGCGAGUGGCAGCGGCUUCAACGACCCGGACUGUUUCCCAUCACGCGGCCAGUUUAUGCUCAUCUCAAAUAGCUACCACUCCACGGUUUCCCAUCACUCGGCGGACGGGCAUUCUACAGUUGUCAUUCCUCGCCCUCUUGGCGGCGCCGUGAUUGGGGGGACCAAGGAGCCAAAUAAUUGGUCGCCGAACAAUUCGCAAGCGGCAAUAGAUGAAAUUCUUCGACGCGUCGCGGCUGUCUGCCCAGAUCUCCCACAACCCCCCGCGGAGGACCCCUCUACAGCACCUGGUAUUCAUAUCAAGCAGGCUUACAUUGGCCGCAGACCAAUGCGCAAGGGCGGAUUACGCCUUGAAAAGGAAGAUGUUGCCAUUCUAAAGACAUGUGAAGAUGGACUUGAUAACGAACCCUCGGUCAUCUCUGUGGUCCAUUGCUAUGGCGCAGGCCCGAAUGGAUACAAGAUCGGAUGGGCCGCAGCAUCCCGCGCUGCCGCUCUUGUCGACGAAUGCUUCACGGCACAAGGCAGCACGAAGUCAUGCACAAGUUGA